UGGGUACUGUGCACUACAGCUGCUACUCAAGAAAAAUCUUCUGCAACCAGCCACACUCGCGAACCAAGUUUUGAACAGGCAUCAGCUCGUGAGGCUGCCCGAUCCGUGUGUGUGACGUACCGUGCGUGUGUGACAGUGAACUACUGAGAGCAAAGCAAGCAAACCCGACCAACAAAUCAAAAAUGUUCUCCGCACUGUUGGAUGCAGCCCGUAAUUCCCCCUUCAAGACGCCUUUCACCAAGGCACAGUGCGAUGCGGAAAGCAAACCACUGGUAGCGGGCCGAUCGAUUGCGGCCGCUGCCUCCGACGAGGUCGAAUUCGGUUCCACCAAGUUCUAUGUGCUUUGCGGUCUCGGCGGUAUCAUUUCGUGCGGUUCGACGCACACCUUCGUAGUGCCGCUGGAUCUGGUCAAGUGUCGGCUGCAAGUCGAUCAGGCCAAGUACAAGAAUCUGUUCAACGGCUUCAAGGUUUCCGUCGCCGAGGAAGGUACCCGGGGUCUGGUUAAGGGAUGGGCGCCGACCUUCUUCGGUUACUCGGCACAGGGUGCCUUCAAGUUCGGCUUGUACGAAGUAUUCAAGGUCCAGUACGCUAACAUUUUGGGCGAGGAAAAUGCGUACCUGUACCGCACCUGGUUGUACUUGGCCGCUUCUGCGUCGGCUGAAUUCUUCGCUGAUAUUGCCCUGUCACCGUUCGAGGCCGCCAAGGUCAAGAUUCAGACUACUCCCGGUUUCGCCAACACACUGCGCGAGGCUAUGCCCAAGAUGAUGGGCGAUGAAGGUAUUGCUGCCUUCUACAAGGGUCUGGUCCCACUGUGGUGCCGGCAGAUUCCGUACACCAUGAUGAAGUUUGCCUGCUUCGAAAAGACGGUCGAGUUGUUGUAUGGCUAUGUCGUACCGAAACCACGCGACCAGUGCAGCAAGGGUGAACAGUUGCUGGUGACCUUCGCCGCCGGUUACAUCGCUGGUGUGUUCUGUGCUAUCGUGUCUCACCCGGCCGAUGUGGUCGUUUCGAAGCUGAACCAGGCCAAGGGAUCAAGCGCUUUCGAUGUUGCCAAGCAGCUCGGAUUCAUGGGCAUGUGGAACGGUCUGAUGCCCCGUAUCAUCAUGAUCGGUACGCUGACCGCUCUGCAGUGGUUCAUCUAUGAUGGUGUUAAGGUAGCCCUGUCGAUUCCGCGUCCACCACCGCCAGAGAUGCCAGAAUCGUUGAAGAAGAAGCUGGGAGUUCAGUAAUUCUCGUACCCCUAUCUCCAAUUUAACAAAUUUCGUUACGCUACACAGUUAAUUUAUAAGUGAUACCAAAAUUCUCAAAUGAAGUUGAAAUUAGAGCCACAAUCGGACGUGCUCUGUUACUCUAUAGAACAUAGGCCGACCAGAGAAGAUUAAUUCAAAAAAUCAAUUCGGGUACGCGAUUCAGUAUUGAUGACAGCUUUGAUAGGCACAAACACACAUACACACUCGCCAGGAGAAUCGCGGUACUAACACUCCUAUGACGAUUGUAUUUGUUUGUUUAGAAUAAUUAUGCUAUGUUUCCGUGGGAUACCCUGCAGACUAAUAAAAGUGGAAAUAGUUCUUCGUGGAAGGACUUCAUUGAAAGAA